ACAAUAAAUCAUCCUCACAGGAGACCGUCCUCACCACAAACAUGGCCCCAAUCAAACGCAUCGAGCAAUGGGAAAUCGACCGCUACUGGGAAAUCUUCUCGACCCUCUCCAACGGCGGCACGCACCUCACGGGCGCCCAAGCCGCCAGCGUUCUCAAAAACUCCCAACUCCGCGACGAGCAACUAGAGCGCAUCUGGGACCUCGCGGACGUUGACAAUGAUGGCUCCCUCGAUUUCGAAGAGUUCUGCGUCGCCAUGCGACUCAUUUACGAUAUCAUGAAUGGCGAGUACCUGGAUGUCCCGGCGUCGCUGCCGGACUGGUUAGUGCCGGAGAGCAAGGCGCAUCUUGUGCAGGCCACGCGGGCGGUGUCGGGUGGUGGGGAAAGAUUUGCGAGACCGCAGGACGAUUGGGAUGAAGAUGAGGCCGGAGAGGGACUGAAAGAUGGGUUUGAUUGGUAUAUGCCUCCCAAUGAGAGGACGAAGUACGAGGAGAUCUACAGCGAGUCGCGGAAUCAGCGGGAUGGGAAGAUCAGUUUUGUGGCGCUCGCGGAGCUCUAUGAGUCCUUGGAUGUGCCGGAUACGGAUGUGCGGUCGGCGUGGAAUUUGGUCAACCCCAAGAGUGAGGAGGGGAUCAACAAAGAUGCGUGUUUGGCGUUUCUGCAUAUUCUCAACAAUCGGCAUGAGGGAUACAGGAUUCCGCGGAGUGUGCCGCCGAGUUUGAGGGCUACGUUUGAGCAGGGCAAGAUCGAAUAUAAUGUCGAUCGCAUGUCGGCGAAGCAGCAGGCUGCGGAGAAAUGGGGUGCCAAAAGAGACGACGGGACGGUCACAGGACGGAAAGCCAAGUUUGGCGAUACAUAUUUGUCGAGAUUGGGAGUUGGUGAGAGGGGUGUGAAAGGGACAGACUUCAGCAGUACGCCUAGGGAUGGGGAGUGGGAGGAGGUCAGGUUGAAGAAGCAGCUGAGAGAGCUGACGGAGAAGAUGGAGAAGAUGGAGGAAGCCGCACAGAGACGACGAGAACGGGGAGGGAGGAGGGAGGAUGAUUCGAAACCAGCGUUAGUGAAGCGGGAGCUGGAGCAGAUGAUGGAUUAUAAGAGGAGAGAGCUGAGAGAUUUGGAGAACGGAGAGGGCAAAGCGAAGUCUGGGCAGAGUUUGAAGCACUUCAACGAGGAGAUUGGAAUGGUCAAGGAACAGGUCGAUGGACUGCAGGAGCAUCUGAAGAAGCGCGAGGCAGCGUUGCAGGAAUUGAAGGAUCAAAUCGAAGCGGAGAGGGCGGGUGGAAGAUGA